AUGGAGAUGGGAGGGAUGAGCGAUGCGGAGCGGCUGUUCUUCUUCGAGAUGGCCUGCAAGAACUCCGAGGCCGUGUACGAGCAGAACCCCAACGACGCCGACAACCUGACGCGAUGGGGCGGCGCGCUGCUGGAGCUGUCGCAGGUGCGGGCCGGCCCCGAGGGCCUCAAGCUCCUUGAAGAUGCCGAAGCCAAGCUGGAGGAGGCACUGCAAAUUGAUCCCAACAAGGCCGAUGCACUCUGGUGCUUGGGAAAUGCUCUGACCUCUCACGGAUUCUUCACUCCAGACACUGCAAUAGCUAAUGAGUUCUUUGUAAAGGCAACCGGGUGUUUCCAGAAGGCUGUUGAUGUGGAACCUGCAAAUGAGCUGUACAGGAAGUCUUUAGACUUGUCAAUGAAGGCACCUGAACUGCAUUUGGAGAUCCAGAGGCAGAUGGUUUCUCAAGCGGUGACACAAGCAUCCUCAGCCUCAAAUCCAAGGCAAUCAAGGAAGAAGAAGAAGGAUAGUGACUUCUGGUACGAUGUUUUAGGAUGGGUAAUCCUUGGCGCUGGCAUUUUUACUUGGGUUGGAUUGGCAAGAUCAAUGCCUCCACCGCCGCCACCAGCGAGUUGA